AUGGAUUCUAUUCAGACAGAAACACUUGCGUCACUCUCAAACUCUGUGAAAGUAUUGUUAGAAAAGAUUGUUUCUACUCGGCUGGUCGACACCUUCCGGAUCAAGAAUGCUAACGUUUCACUUUCAAAAGAGGUUGAGAAAACACUGGUGGAUCUUCAACAUGUACUUUAUUAUGCCAACAAAAAGUUCAUCCUCACUCAAGCUAACAACAAUUCGCUGCAUUUGCUCAGACGUCUUGUUUUUCAAGUUGCCUAUUUGCUUGAGGAAACUCAUUUUUUACGGUAUGCUACCGUACUUACUCCUAACCAGCUCAAAAUUCAUUCUCGCUUAACUUUUUUCAUUGAACUCAUUAAGUCUAAAACGCUUAAUUUAAUUCAAAUAUUACAAGGCUUAAGUUCAAGAAAACAGCUUGGUUAUAAAUCUGCUAUACAUGGAAGAGGCCAUGAUAUUAAGAAACUUAAACAUCUUUUGUUGUCUAGUAGUAGUGAUGGUGAUAAUAAAAUAAGAGUGAUUUCUAUUGUUGGUAUGGGAGGUAUUGGUAAAACAGCCCUUGCUAAACACCUUUACAAUGAUCCACAAGUAAAGGACAAAUUUGAGUUAAAAGUAUGGGCAUAUAUCUCAAAUGAUGAUGAUUUCAGUGUUUUUGAAAACAUUGUUAGAUCUAUUACUCCAAAAUCAAGGAGUAAUGGUACAACUGACAUCAACGCCGUUUACCCAAUUUUUUUGAUAGUUUUAGAUGGUGUGUGGGAUGCAAGAUCGGUCAAUUGGACAUUACUGGGGAAUAUCUUCAAGAAUGGGGAACCAGGAAGUAGGGUCAUCGUCACAACACGAGACGAAAGAAUUGCAAUGUCCAUGCAAACCAUUCUUUCUGUCCAUUAUCUGAGACCCUUGAAAACCAAAGAUUGUUGGACUUUACUAGAAGAAAAUGCAUUUGGAGCACAUAACUACCACCAACAAGCCAAUCUGCAAACAAUUGGCAAGAAAAUUGCAAGAAACUGUCAAGGUUUACCAUUAGCUGCAAUAGCACAUGGGGCUCUUCUUCGCAUCUGGUCAGACCCAUAUGCUUGGAAUUACGUACUUGCAAGCCACGCUCGGGGAACAGCUUAUGAGGUGCUAGCUUCUCUCAAAUUGAGCUACAAUUUUCUUUCUGAUCCUUUAAAACAGUGUUUUCAAUAUUGUUCAGUUUUUCCAAAGAAGUCCAUCUUAGAAAAAAAGAUGGUAGUUCAGUUGUGGAUUGCAGCAGGUUUACUUGAAUCAUCACCAUCCACAAAUCAGGAAAAAGUCGGAGAAGAAUACUUUGAUGAACUAGUUUCAAGGUCAUUGAUACAUCGACGAUUUAUUGGUAAUGAGGAAAGAAACUUUGAAAUGCAUAACUUCAUCCAUGAUUUAGCUACAGAGGUUUCAUCUUCAUACUGUAUCAAUAUGGACAAACAUAACCUAGAUGAUAAGAUGCAGAACUUCUCAUACAAUAGAGAGACAUACGAUUCCUAUUACAGAUUUGAUAGAUUAUACAGAUUAAAAGAUCUGCGUACCUUUCUAGCAUUCCCAUUACAAGAACAAUUGCCUCUUUGUUUGCUAUCAAACAAGGUAGUACAUGACUUGCUGCCAACAAUGAAACAAUUACGCAUGUUGUCUCUCUCAAGCUACAAGAGUAUCACCAAGGUUCCCGACUCUAUUGGAAAUUUGGUAUACCUGCAAUACUUAAAUCUUUCUCACACUAAUAUUGAAAGGCUGCCUCCUGAAACAUGCAAGCUUUACCAUCUGCAGUUCUUGUUGUUGGCAGGCUGUAAAAGGUUCACUGAAUUGCCGGAGGACAUGGGAAAAUUGAUUAAUCUGCGCCACCUUGACGUUAGUAACACCGCAUUGAGGGAGAUGCCCGUACAAAUAGCCAAACUCGAAAGUCUCCACAUUUUGAGUGACUUUGUUAUCAGCAAACAUAACGGUGGGUUGAAUAUUGCAGAGCUAGGAAAACUUCCCCACCUACAUGGAAAACUUUCAAUCUCACAGCUACAAAAUGUUAAUGACCCCUUUGAAGCAGAUCGAGCCAAUAUAAAGAUGAAAGAACACAUAGACGAAUUAGCCUUGGAAUGGGAUUGUGAUAACACUUUUCAAGAUUCACAAAUUAAAAGUGUUGUACUUGAACAUUUGCAACCCUCAACAAAUUUGAAAAGUCUCACCAUCAAAGGUUAUGGUGGAGUCAGCUUUCCAAAUUGGUUAGGUGAUUUUUCAUUUAGCAACAUGGUGUAUUUGAAGAUCUCGAAUUGUGAUGAUUGUUUAUGGCUUCCACCCCUUGGACAGUUGGGAAAUCUGAAAGAACUCUUUAUUGAAGGGAUGCAGUCUGUACAAACAAUUGAUACUGAGUUCUAUGGAAGUGAUAUCUCUUCAUUUCAACCAUUUCCAUCCUUGGAGAUUCUACGCUUUGAGGAUAUGCAGGAGUGGAGUGAAUGGAACUUAACUGGAGGCACGUCUACAAAAUUUCCUAGUCUCAAAACUUUGUCACUAAAUAAGUGCCCGAAACUGAGAAUAGGAAAUAUACAUGAAAAAUUCUCUUCCUUAACUGAACUUGAGUUAAGAGAAUGUGCUCUACCAAUGCAAUCAAUGCCAUCAUCAAAUCAUGUAUUAAGGCAACUAAUGUUCCCUCUAAAUUCUCUUCAACAACUGACUAUAGACGGAUUUCCAUCUCUCAUGUCUUUCCCAGCAGAUAAUCUACCCAAGACCUUGAAAUUUCUCAUAAUCAAUAAUUGUGAGAAUCUAGAGUUCCUUCCUCAUGAAUUCUUGCACAACUACACGUCACUUGAGGAAUUAAAAAUAUCUUAUAGUUGUAAUUCAUUGUUAUCAUUUACCUUAGGCGCUCUCCCUGUCCUUAAGAGUCUAUUUAUUGAGGGUUGUAAAAAUCUAAAAUCGAUUUUAAUUGCUGAAGACGCUUCUCAGAAGAGUCUCUCAAUUCUUAGGAGCAUCAAAGUAUGGGACUGUAAUGAACUGGUGUCAUUUCCCCCGGGUGGAUUGGCCACUCCAAACCUCGUUUAUUUUGCAGUGUGGAAGUGUGAGAAACUUCCUGCUUUACCUGAAGCAAUGCAGAAUCUGACUGACCUUCGGGAUAUGGAAAUUGAUAAUCUACCAAAUCUUCAAUCGUUUGUCAUAGAUGAUUUGCCUAGCAGUUUGAAAGAACUGACUGUUGGCUCCAUUGGAGGGAUUAUGUGGAAUACUGAGCCAACUUGGAAACAUCUCACUUGUCUUUCAGUGUUGCGAAUUAACGGCGAUGGUACGGAAAAUACGGUUAUGGGGCCACUGCUACCGUCAUCGCUUGUGAAAUUAUGCAUUUGUGGUCUUAAUGAUAAAAGCAUUGAUGGGACGUGGCUUCAACAUCUCACUUCUCUCAUAAACCUUGAAAUUGUGAACGCUCCCAAACUCAAGUCUUUGCCCAAAGAAUUGCCUUCCUCUCUUUCAGUACUAAGUAUCACUCGCUGUCCAUUACUGGUAGCAACAUUGCGGAGGAAGCGAGGGAAAGAGUGGCGCAAGAUUGCUCACAUGCCUGCCAUAAUUAUCGACGACGAAUUGAUCACAUAA